AUGUUUGAAAGUACGAUUUGGCCAACGCAUGCGUCACGCAUGCGCAUCAAUAACCAAACAAAGCGGAGUAUGCGCAAAAAAAAAACGGACACUGGUUCCACCUCUACAAUAAUAAUAUUGGACAUAUCGCGAAUAUUCUGUGGACACGUUCGGGGAUUUUUUCUGGAUUUUCCAGCCAUCGAAGGUACAAUGAUUUCCCAUUCAGUUAGAAAAUCAUAG